AUGCCGACCACCUGUAUUGUUGGAGCUGGGUCCUAUGGUCAAUGUGUUGUAAAGAGAUUUACACGGCUUGGAAUAGAGGUAAUCGAGAAGAAGCUUCACGAAGGUAGCCUGGAAGAAGUAUAUAGAGAAGCCCAUUACAUGCAAUUGUUUUCUCAUCGAUGCGUCCCUCAUUUACUGGGCAUACAAUUCGAAGAUAAGCCUUUCUCAAUUGUAAUGGAGUUUGUUGGCGAAAAUUUAGAGUCAAUAACUAUCCAAAAACUGCUUUAUGAUAAAUUGAAGAACGUAGUAUUGUCAACUAAUGAUUGCUUUCAGGUGUGCUAUGAUAUUGUUGAUGCAUUGCAUCAUCUUCAUCAAAUAGGGUACUUGCAUUGUGACUUAAAGGCAAACAAUGUAUUGGUACACAAGAAGAAAGGUUACCUUGUUGAUUUUGGCAAAGUGAAAAAAAUUCCAAAUAAAUCAACAAAACGUUACACCAAGGUCUACCCACAUAUUGCACCCGAAGUACUGAAUGGUGAGCCAGCUAGCCCUGCUAGUGAUAUCUAUUCGAUGGGAAAAAUCAUUCUAAGCAUAGGUGAUAAUUUAAAGAAUGAUCACCUAUUAUCUCUUGGAAAAUUGUUCAGUGAUCCAGAGCCUAGUAAAAGACCAACAGUCUCAGAGUUAAUGGGAAAUUUGAAAUCUGGCAUUAACACAAGCUAG